GAGCGAGUGCUUAGAGCCAAAGGCAUCUCCAAGCGCUGCCUCUCUGUCUGUCUUUCCUCUCCAUCGUUCUCUCUCUCCCUCCCUAUUCCCUUCGAACUGUCCCCCACUCUCACCCUUUCCCGUGUCUCAGUAUCUCUUUCUAUCUCUGUCCCUCAGCGUCUCUCCAACCUUUCAUCUCCACCUUGCUCACUCUCUCUCUCUCUCACUUUCGCUCCCCAUUUCUCCUUCCUCCCCUCUGCUCGGACACACUCCCCACCCCGGGCGACGAUGGGUUUCAUUGAGGACUUUUUCACUUAUGAGACUCCGAAAUCAGUGGUUGUCAAAAGCUGGACUGUGGGCAUCAUUAACCGAAUAAUGCAGCUUCUUAUAAUCACCUACUUCAUCGGCUGGGUGUUUAUCCAUGAGAAAGCUUAUCAGACCAAAGAGACCAGAAUCGAGUCCACGGUGAUCACCAAAGUGAAAGGUUUUGGCCGUUCCCAGCUGCCGAAUGGACUUGAGAAAGUGAUGGACGUGGCGGACUAUGUGAUUCCUCCACAGGGAGGAAAUGUUUUCAGCAUCAUUACAGCCACCCGAAUCACAGAGAACCAGGUCCAGGCAACCUGUCCAGAGGACCCAGAUAAUAAAGAGUUACUCUGUCAGACCGAUGCUCAUUGUGACGAUGAGAUGACCCAUCAAGUUGGCAGCGGGAUUCGGACAGGUCGCUGUGUCAGAUUCCGAAAGAACGUGCACACGUGCGAGAUUAAGGGCUGGUGCCCAGUCGAACUGGAUGAGACAGAGAAGGUGCAGAUGACAGGUGCUGAAAACUUCACCAUUUUCAUUAAGAACAGCAUUCGUUUUCCACUGUUCAACUUUUCAAAAGGCAACAUGCUCCCCAAUAUCACCAAAGAUUACAUACGAUCCUGCUCCUACCACCCUGAGACCGAUCUGUUUUGUCCGAUUUUCCGCCUGCGUGACAUUGUCGCUCUGGCCGGCCAGGAUUUCCGUGCCCUCACCUAUAAGGGAGGGGUCAUCGGAAUCAGGAUUGAGUGGAAAUGUAACCUCGAUCUGGCAGCCGAGAGGUGUGUUCCAAGUUACAGCUUCCUGCGUUUGGAUCGGGUCUCACAGACCAACACCGUUUCCCAGGGAUAUAACUUCAGACACGCCCGCUUCUACCGACACCCCAAUGGGACAGAGUAUCGGACAUUACUGAAGGCGUAUGGCAUUCGCAUUGACAUCAUGGUGAAUGGGCAGGCUGCGAAAUUUGAUGUCAUCCCAACGGUGAUCAACAUGGUGGCUGCAUUCACCUCCAUCGGCCUGGGCGCUGUCGUGUGCGAUCUCAUUCUACUCAACUUCAUCAAAGGAGCAGACAAGUACAAGGCCAAGAAAUUUGAAGAGGUGGGCAUGGAUUACGAUAAACAGUCGAAAUCUACUCUCUCCAGCAUUGACUUAUACAGGAGCAAGCAAACCCUGUCACUCAGUCCUGAUCUAUCCACCAAUCCCUCGAAUAGCCCCUGCAAGUAGCCACUUGCCGAUAUAACACCCCCCGUCCCUUAUGCUGUCCCACCACUUCCCCAUUGACCCCUGCACUGCCCUCCCCCUCGCAUCUCUACAUGGCCAGGGCUCAGAAUUCCUUUCGCUGAGCAUUCAUCAUUUUCCAGGUUACUGUGUGUCUGGAGUGACGUGUAGGCAGACUGGGUCCAGGAGGCAGACUUUCCUUUCUCCAGGACAUCAGUGAAUAGAGGAGUUUGAAUCCCAUUCGGCAGGGGUAUCAGGACACUGUUUGAUAUCUCUAUGGAUGUCAGAUUUCCCUGUUAAUCACUUUGGGGUUCAUACUCCAUUCCCAGACAUUCCAGGAUUCUGGAUUCCUGUCCUGCUCUCUGCACACAAGGCUGCCAUACACAUUUCUCUGGGAUUGACUCUGCUCAGGGUAUGUUGUCCCUUUCUCAAAGCACACAUUCUACCUCAGCUGAACUCAUCCAACAAACUCUGUGUGUGCUAGCACAGCGGACGCCACUCUGCCCUCUCAAGCUUUUGGCGCAUGAGGUGACAUAGGAAACACCCAAAAGGUUCAGCCCUCUCCCCUCCAGGUUUCUCCUGAGGUCCUUCUGCACUGUGCCUGGUGAUACUGAGACCAAAUGUUCAGGCACUGACCCUGACAGUACCCAGUGUCCUGACUCAAACCGGCAGGAGGUUGAACACAAACACACUCCUGUAACGGACACGUGGUGUGACCCAUACCUGCAUGCUUGCACUGAGCAACCUUUCCUCUAAAUGUUACCGUGUACUGUCGUUCAAAACGAAAUAAAAACACAUUGACAAA